AUGGAAACUCCAAGGAAUCGUAAACAGCGCCGCGCGGCAGCUGGAUCUUCCUCCAAAAAGGACGAACCUGAAAUCACCAUGGCCCAUCCCCCACGCAAUGAUCCGACCAAAAAUAAACCAACCGUCGAGCGCACGCUAUAUGACAUCAUUGCAGAGCGACAAAGCGGAAUCCAUCAAAAGGGGGGAACAAUUCCAGCUUCGGUAGAAGCACAAGGCAUACCGUCACAGUCAGGGGGAACGCGAUUCGUGACGGUCGACGCGUCUGGGGAAUUGGUCGACACCGACGGCGACAUCAGCAGCCAUCUCUCAUCCAAUGUCCCACAAAAGAAGACCAAGAAAAGCCAACAGGAUCCAAAAGUCACCACUGUCAAGCAAUCCGACUCCGAAUCCGAACCCGACAAACCCCUUCCACCAUUCCUCGACACAAUCCUCCUUUCCCUGCCUCUUACAACCCUCCACCUCACCCUGGGCUACCUCGCAGCCCACCAAUACGCCGAAAGAAUCGACCUGCCAAAACUCUUCAAAGAAUCUGUGACAACCGCCUUCCCUCUUCUCACCUUAUUCGUCCACCUAGCACAUGGUCAUAUCAUCUCCUUCAAAAAGCGCAGUGCAAAGGCAGAGCCUGCUCCUCUUUCUUUGUUCCCAUUUACAAGUGACAAAUUGACAUUUUCAUUCCUACGAAGGCUGGUUUUCCCGCCUGCGCUGAAGACUCUGGUCUUUCUUCCUGUUUCUGUGCUGCUAGGCGCGCAUCUUAUCGCUAUCACCAAUGGAGAGCCGUAUUAUGCGGUUAUGAAGAAGGCGCCUGCUGUUGGGACUAUUUGGAUUUGGUGUAUUCUAGAGUUAUCAUUUGGGGCAGCUGUACUUGGGGCGUUGGGACCUUUGAUUUGGGGAGUUUGGUGGAUGGGGUAUGGUAUUAUUUGA